UGUAGUGGAGCUAGCACAGUGAUGAACACAGCAGACUGCCUCUCUUUCGAUCUCCCUCUUUUCCUUUUUGUUUCCUCUCUUCUCUCUCGCUCUGUGUCCAUCAUGCAGAACAUAAGACAAGCAGCCACAGAGGCCUUUUGUCGCCUGGGUUUGAAACAAAAGCAUACAGGCUAUGAAGAGCUUACAGAUUUCAGUGAAGUUCCAUGUCCUGUCAGGUCUCUUCCUCCACAAUGGUAUCAUACUGUCCAAGUGCGGAGGAUAAGAGCACUAAGGGCCCGGAGUAACAGCGACCCACUUCAGGGGAAGAACUUAGGGCAAGGGUUUCAGUGGCAGAGAAAAGGACUCCCUUUUGGUACUGCAUCUUCUUAUCUGAACCUGGAGAAGCUAGGUGAAGGUUCCUAUGCAACUGUGUACAAAGGAAUAAGCAGGAUUAAUGGGCAACUGGUUGCUUUGAAAGUCAUCAGCAUGAAAGCUGAGGAAGGAGUGCCCUUUACUGCAAUUCGAGAAGCAUCUCUCUUGAAAGGCCUGAAGCAUGCAAACAUUGUUCUUCUGCAUGACAUCAUUCAAACCAGGGAAACGUUAACGUUUGUCUUUGAAUAUGUGCAUACAGACCUGUCGCAAUACAUGGCGCAGCAUCCUGGAGGGCUCCUGCCAUACAAUGUUCGGCUCUUCAUGUUCCAGUUACUCAGAGGUCUGGCCUAUAUCCAUCACCAGCACAUCCUGCAUCGAGACCUAAAACCACAGAAUCUCCUUAUCAGCUACCUAGGGGAGCUCAAACUGGCUGACUUUGGUCUUGCCCGAGCCAAGUCAAUCCCCAGUCAGACGUACUCCUCAGAAGUGGUGACUUUGUGGUACCGCCCACCAGAUGUUCUUCUAGGUGCUACUGAUUAUUCCUCUGACCUAGAUAUCUGGGGUGCAGGUUGCAUACUUAUAGAAAUGCUUCAGGGAUAUCCAUCAUUCUCUGGGGUGUCAGAUGCCUUUGAACAACUGGAAAAAAUCUGGUCGGUAAUAGGGACUCCAACAGAGGACACUUGGCCUGGAGUAUCUCAGCUUCCUAACUACAAGACCGAUUGUCUGACUCUAUGUGAAAAACAGCCUUUUGGAAAUGUCUGGGACAGAUUGAGUAGAAUUAUGGGAGCUGAAGAUCUUGCAGUCAAGAUGUUGAAAGGUUGCCCUCGAGUAAGGAUCUCUGCUGAGGAUGCCCUUCUUCAUAAAUUCUUCAGUACUUUGCCUUGUCAGCUUUACCAGCUAUCUGACGUACGGUCUAUAUUCACUGUACCUGGGCUGAGCCUUAAACCAGAAAUUCGAGAUAUGUUAAUCCCCAAACAGAAAAUAUCCCAACCAGCUACACAUCACAAACCAUGGUGAACAUUACAAAGUUUUACAGCCUUCACGGACAUCAUGUUGCAAUCUCUGAAUGCAGCUGUUUGAAUGUACUAGCCUUCCAUCCCCACUUUUCACUUCUUCCCCUCCCUGCUGCCUUCUGAUGAAAGAAGCCAUCCUGAAAUAACCCAGGAGUCUUGCGCCUUAUAAACCCUGCUUUACCCAGUUCUAGAUAGCAGGAUCAGUUAAAGGAAACCUGGAGACAGUUUAUAGUGACUCAGAAUGAAUUAAAGCCAGAGAAAGCCAGGAUAUUUGUAUUUUUAAAGGGAGCUCAACUAGUGCACCAUAUUUCUUUCAGUACAGGUUUCCCAUAAGCAUUAAGCUGUUCUGCAAAUGCUUUGUUGCUCUUCUACAUCAGGGAUUUUAUGGGAAUUUUCACAAUAAAUCAUGUUUUUCAGUAGUGCUAGUCUCAUGAAAGGAGAACAGCAAUAUGUUUCCCCACAAAUAAAUUGG